AUGUCCGACCAAGACGCUCAUCCAAACAAAUACAGCGAAUUGCGAAGUAACUACAAAUACUAUAUCGAUAUAUGCAAUACGUUAUAUCAGUUGAAAACCGAAAAAGAAGAAGAUUUAAACUCGAUUUUCAAAAUGAUCAAAUCAGAAUUGAUUGAUUCAAAUGGGUAUCCUCCUCAAAAUAUGAUACGAGCUAUUUUAAAUCUUGUUCUGUAUAAUAAUCGCUAUGCCAAGUCAUAUUUAUCUCUUGCUAAACAAAUAUCAGAUGAAUAUCAUGUCAAAGAGGUCAGCAACGUCAUACUUAUUUCAAACUUCCUAUUUUAUAAAGAAUAUGGAAUUAAAUUAGACAAAUCUGAUGACUUCGAAAAAGGUGAUAUUAAAAAUCUGGAUAUUCAUACAGAGAAUACAAUAUACAAGGCAACUAUGAAUAACGACAAAGAAAAUUUCAUCAUAUUCACAGAAAGAGAUGGAUUUGAUAAAGAUCAAAAGCUUGAAAGCGAUUUAUAUCCAUAUUCUAAGAAAGGAUAUUCAUUACUUGAAUUAUGUUGUUACCAUGGAGCAGUUGAUUGUUUCAAGUUAUUAAGAUCGAAAUUUAACUCAGAAAUAACUAAAACAUGUCUAGAAUUUUCAUUUUUAGGAGGAAAUCCAGAGAUCAUGAGUGAAUGUUUGAAAUAUCAAAAACCAGAUGAAGAAUGCAUGGAAUAUGCAAUUAUUUCACACAACAUUGAUUUUGUCACAUUCUUGAUGAAUGAAUACAAUAUAGAGAUCGAUUUAGAAUACUGUGGAAUUUACAAUAAUCUUGAAUCCUUUUUAGUUUAUUUCGAUCAAACUAAUGAUAUAAACAAAUGCUUUGUUUAUUCUCCGAUUUUUAAUAUUCCAUCCUUUUUGGAAUACUUCCUUUCACAUGGUGCGAAUAUCAAUGAAAAAGAUGAAAAUGGAGAAACUGCUCUUCAUAAAUCAGCAUGGUAUAAUAGUAAAGAAGCUGCAGAAGUUCUUAUUUCACAUGGAGCGAAUAUCAAUGAAAAAGAUGAAAAUGGAGAAACUGCUCUUCAUAAUGCAGCUCGGAAUAAUCAUAAAGAAAUUGCAGAAGUUCUCAUUUCACAUGGUGCGAAUAUCGACGAAAAAAAUAAAUAUGGAGAAACCGCACUUCAUAAAUCAGCAUGGUAUAAUAGUAAAGAAGCUGCUGAAAUUCUCAUUUCACAUGGUGCGAAUAACGAUGAACAAGAUGAAAAUGGAGAAACUACACUUCAUAUUGCAGCAAAUGAAAACCAUACAGAAAUUGCAGAAGUUCUCAUUUCACAUGGUGCAAAUAUCGAUGAAAAAAAAUUAAUAUGGAAAAACCGCACUUCAUAUUGCAGCAAAUGA